AUGAACCUAGUAUCGGUUUGGAACUGUGGAAGAUCUGUGUGGAUAUUACUGAUAAUUUAUGUGGAGUAUAUAGUUACUCUGGAUGAAUGGAAUGGAAAGUGGUGUCCACGGGUACAAACAAGAAUGGUAACAUGUCGACAACCAAGAUGGGACUGGAAUCAAGACAGAAGAGGAUCACAAGGUCCGAUGAAAAAGUACUAUACAGUAGUUUAUAGAAAACAGAAAGAAAUCAAAUGGAGAUGCUGUCCUGGUUUUCAGGGGGAACAUUGCGACUUAGAGUGUUUUAAUUGCACGACCAUACAAGAAUUAAAAUCUAGAAUAUCAAAUACAGAAGGUAUAGUACGGAAGUUAACGUACCUGCGUCACGGAGGAGAUAAUAAAAACUAUCAAACAACAUCUUCGCAAUGUUCAUGUCCACGAGGAGAGAAGGGUGAACGAGGUGGUCGUGGUGUACCUGGUAUUCCUGGAAGACCAGGAACUACGGGACCUCCUGGCCCUAUUGGUCCUAAAGGUGAAUCGGGUACAUCAUCGGCAGCACCACAAGCCAUCAUGUCAGGAAAGAUGGGACCACCCGGUAUACCCGGACUCCGUGGGGAUAGUGGGAAACCUGGUAUGAAAGGAGAAAGGGGUAACCCUGGAUUAAAGGGAGAACCUGGAGAAGCUGUUCUGAUCAACAAAGAUAACUUUAAAGAUCGGGAUAAUACAAUUGCUUUUUUCGAGGAAAGGCUUCAGCUGUUAGAAUCCAAAAUAACUAAAUUAGAGGACAAGUUAAAUAGAACAGAAGAAAGGAAAGAGAAUUAUGAAGUAUUGGAAGCCCGUGUCGUAUUAUUAGAAGAAAUAUUCUCCAAAUUAUCAGCACUGAAGUUAGACGAUGAGAAUGAUCUUGCUCCGAUCCUUAGAGCUUUAGCUGAUCAGCAUGCUGCAGUAUCAUCCAAGAAAUCAGGGAAACCCGACUCUCAACCUUUCAACAAGUAUAUAGGCAAAGACCCUGCCCAUAAACAAAAACCUCAUGAUAGAAAGAGAAAACAUCCCCGCGGUCGCAGUUGA